AUGGAGGAUAACAAGCCCCCCCAUAGUUUAGUCACGUCUCUUGAGGCUCGUGUGGCCGAACUUGAGGCCCAAGUGCUUCGUUUUCGAGGAGCUCCUCAAAAUGUCCCUCAUUCCAUGGCUUCCAAGAUUGCACAGGCCACUAUCUCGUUCGAUCUACCUAAGCCUGGCUCAUUUCUGCAUUCUAAGGUCUCUUCGGCACUUUUCUUCCGCCCUUCUUGCCCGCCGCUGGCUGUCGUUCGGGAACGAGGAAGGGAAGGACUCAAGUCGCCUGUCAAUGAGCAUCUCCCUGAUCAGCGCAAAAGACCCUAUUCGGGCAAUCUGAUCAAUUUGAAAAGCGUGCCUCACUCGGCCAUCACACGCAUGAUAAGCAACUACGCUAGUACUCACCUGCCUCAAUACCCCUGCAUUACGGAGUCGAUGUUGGAAGAUAUCGUUCGACGCACCCAAGAUGAAGAACUUGGAGACACUAAUUCAAUCCUGAUCUAUGGCAUCCCAGCCCAUUCGGGUCUUGGACACUUCGAAUACUUUAUUCUUUUCAUCGCUCUAGCUAUUUCGGCCAUCACUCUAACAUGGAAGGCCGAGGAUCAAGCCCGAGAUGCGUCCGCGUCCUUUUACGAGUCUGCCUUGAAACAUCUCCAGGCCUUGGAAGGUCAUAGCGAGAUUCAAGCCCUUCAAAUUUCAUUGCUUCUAGCCCACUACGCGCAUAUGUGCCCGGAAAGAGUGGAUAAUUGGACUUGCAUCGCGAAUGCAGUUCGGAUUGUUCUAAGUCUGGGCCUGUACAGGGAAUCUCCAGAAGGGCUUGACCCAGAACAAGUCCGGCUGCGAUCUGUACUAUUUUGGGUCACAUAUGGAAUGGAGAGAUCUUUGUGCACAAAUCUUCGACUACCCUUGUCAUUUCCAGAAGAGCUUGUCACCAACAAGCCGUUCUCCCAAUUUCCUGCUGGCGACGUUGCGAAAAACUCUUCUGCUCAUCACAUCUACCUGUAUCGAGGUUUAGAAACAGAGGUACAUAGGGUCCUUCAUCUCGAAGAGGAUAUUCAAAGGUUUGGCAGCGCAUCAGUAGCAGACUGGAUCAUUGACAUUACGGGCCGGUUAGUGUCCUGGUACCAAGAAGCUCAAGCCUAUACGGAGUAUAACAUGCUUGAGUUCAAACAUGUGCAAUUUUAUCACCUUAGAGCACGGAUUCAUCGACCAACUCCACGUUUGCGGAUGAGGGAUUUUGAGGAUCGACGCAUCGUGUUGGAAUCAUGUAUGGAAUUGAUCGAAGACUAUCUCGGCCAGGACCGCCGACGAAGACUUUUCUACCCCUGGCAUGGUGUCCAUAUCCUGUUCGAGACUGCCGUCAUUGCGCUGGAGGCAAGCUGGUCAUCUCGUGCCUACCAGCCCUCAAGGGACCUAGCUGUGCAACUGCUCGAGACCUCCAUCCCACAGUGCCUUCAGCUGCUUACCAGAAUUGGACAGCGUUGGAAUGAAGCUACCUUGUGUUCCCAGAGUUUAACUCCACUGCUUCAAAAAGUCUCGUCUGCUUUCACAGCAGUAACAGCAGAAAGUCUUUCAAUUUACGACGACACUUCGAUUACGGAAGAGAUUCACGGUCUACUCUUCUCUGAGACGUCUCUGACUUGGGAUCAUGCCCCACAAACUAAUUAUGACUAUGGUUUCGAGAACGAUUUGUUUUUUGAUAACGCAUCUGGUGAUGAUACGGUGCUCCUUCAGUGGGCUGCUGAGUGGGAGAUUGUGCCGGCUGAGCUAAAUCCUUUGACGAACAAGACGUCCGUAUUGUGA